AUGAUACCAUUUGCCGAAAGCGAUUGCGUCAAGAGGGGUUUGAACGAUGCUCAGUCCGACGAGCACGUCGGUCAUCGAACAGAGGAACCGCAGGGCAAGCGUUUGAGGCUUGACGAAUCGCCAUCGGGUGAUGUCACACCACGCUCGCUAGCCGAGCAGCCACAUACUUCGACGGACGAGGCAAAACUCGAUCAUGCUCAGAAAGAACAAGAAAUGGAAUCUACAGAGCAGACCCUUGAUCACCAUGUCAAAGGCACCCUCCAAUAUGCACAUCUAUCCUUACAAAGCGGCUGUUCUACUGCCACCUCCGCAAAUGCUUCAAAGGUCACAGCACAACCCAGCUUCGUUUCACCUGUCAAACCUUCUGCUGUGCGUUCCAGACUCACAAAGCCCUUUCGAUCACCGCUCGUCAAGAGCUCCACGGUAUCAAACUCGUCAUCUGCAGCUCCAUCCGACAGGGCCAUCAACCUGCAUGGUGGUGCAGUGCACUCUUCACCCAAGAAUACGCGAGUCAUCAAUUACGGCAAGCUAUCGACAACAGGGAUUGAUGGUUCUCCGCCUGUUCCUUCCAACUAUCGAUUUUUACGUGCUGCUAGCAAGGGGGCGGAGGCAACAACAAGGGGAAAGGACACCGAGCUCGAGCAGCUGCAGCUGCGGAUCAGAAGGCUAAAACAGGCAAUCAAGUAUCUAGGAGAGGACAAUGACAAGCCUUUGCAAGAGUCAAUCGAUCUGUGGCGCGCCAAGGGACAAGAAGCGGCGUCGGAGCUGUUUAACAAGUUCCCUCCUCCGGAUCCCGACGCUGAAACUCGAGCCUCUUUUGCUUCUACUCGGAGUGGCGGGUACGGCAUUCAUGGCUUCGGCGACGAAGAAAAAAGUACUCCUGGAAGCGGAGGACGCUUGGCGGACUCUUGGGGCUGGAGCAGCCAUCCGCAACCUGCGGCAUACAACGAGGCAUAUGGACUAGAAGAAGCCGAGGAGAGCCGCAAAGAGGCCGAGGAACAACUUCAAGAGGGGGAAGGUGAUGGUGAAAGCUGCGCCACGAAUGGCAGCCGGGGCCAGCGCUCGAUGAAGACGGCGUGGAACAUUGGCUAUAUGCUAGAGAAAAUCGGUCUCCCGAAGGCUAUCUUGAGGUGGGACGAUACGGCCGAAGACUUUGUCUCUUGA